CUAAGAUUUUCCAUAUCAAAUUUGUGGUUCCAAGUUAGAUGUUUUGCACAAAAUUUUACAAUAGGUACAAGUAUCCUCCAAGCGUCAUGCGUAAUAAUAAUAUAUAAGUAAUAUAAAACCGUCAGAUUACAGUAAACAUAUUUAAUUUAAAUUUAACGUAGGACAUUUCCUUUAAAUUUUUGAGUGAUCGUCGUAUAUCAGGGAAAAUAUAUUAGUGGAAAUUGGUAUUUUAAAUCAAAUCUAUUCUCGGUAAUUUUCAAUGUAAUCGAUUCAGCUUGUCGGACACCCUGUAUACUGUAGAUAUGUGAUCAUUUCCCUUAAAAUAUCAUUUGUACAUUUUUGAAAAAAAAUAAUCCGUACGGAAUAGGCACUUAUAGGUAGGUAUGUACCUACUUACUUUCUGUCAGACGAAAGUACACUAAAUGCGAACAAAUGUUAAGAGGAAGUCAUCCAUUCUAUAAAUAGCUUAACUUAAAACAUCCACCACGUUGAUUCUGUUCUGGAACCGAUCCAAAUAUGUAUAAAGUAUAACACGAAACGUGCCCGUAUUCUUAUUUAAAAAAAUGAAGCAAAUUAGUAAUUUUUUUAAUCAAAAUUAUGCGGAACUGUUGAAUAAAUUAACCGGCCAGCUUUACGAAAAAUUUGAAAAUACUGCGGAUGAAGACGAGCGCGUCAAAUUAUUAUAUCCGCAUUUGCAAUGCAUCCUUAUAAAGCCCGAAAUUUAUGGAAAAAGUAUGGAAGACGCCUUAAAGGAAAAGUCGGAUGGCAAUGCUUAUUUUGUUAAAAAUGAUUGCGGUAGUGCCUUAAAUUGUUACUCGACCGGCGUUUUAAAAUGUCCUCAAAACUCUUUAGAAUCACGGAAGCUACUAGCAAUUUUAGUUGCAAAUCGGAGUGCCUGUCUAUACGAUCUUAGGCAGUACGAGGCAACACUGAGCGAUAUAAAUUACGUAACCCACCUAAACGUCUAUCCAGAACACCUGAAAUACAAGCUAUUUUUUCGGGAAGCAAAAUGUUACACCUUGAUCUCCAGUAAAAUACACCUGGCUGGGCCCUCCUAUAAACUAGCGUUGGAUUAUCUCGACUUAUCCACAUUAGACAAAAGCGCGAUCGAGAAGAAAAAGCUGGAAGUAAGGAACGCUUUGAAAAGUCUCGAUAAUUUGAAGCGAAAGGAAACGAAAGAAAAAAUCGUUCACUUUAAAUGCAACCCACUGUUUCCGUCUGCGAGUGCGUCUGUCAUGUUCGAUUUUGAGCCAGAUUUAGGCCGAUUUGCGCGUGCAGCUUGCGAUAUCGAAGCGGGCGAAAUUAUCGUACAGGAACCGGCGCAUUGUGCAGUUUUGGCAACUAAAUUCUCACUAACAAACUGCCAGUAUUGCACAAAGUCGACAAACGCUCCACUUCCAUGCGAAAAGUGCGCCAAUGUGUGCUUCUGCAGCUUCGACUGCAAGUCUGCAGCAUCCGUCUACCACCGGUAUGAGUGCGGUUUGCACCAUACAAUAGCGGAGUCUCAAGCGUCCAUUAACUGCUUGAUGGCGUUGCGAAUGAUCACCCAAAGUAGUAUUAGCCAGCUGGAGACCGUGAUUAAACAUAUUGCAAUCUCACCACAAAUCCAUACAUUCAAUAACUAUGCAUGUGUGUAUUCUUUGUGUCGCAACGAGCAAUUACGAAACACGAAACAGUACUUCCAUUACACCAUUAUGGCAGUCUACCUCCUACGUGUACUAAAAACAACCUCCUACUUUGGCUCAACUUCCCAAGACAAUAAACUAACAGAUGACGAAGUUUUCAUAUGUAAAUUAAUCCUCCACAACCUGGAGAUGCUUCAAUUUAAUGCACAUGAAGUAUCCGAAUUGCACCAAGCUCCCCCGGGACCUCUGGACUCUCAAGAUGAGCCGAACUUUAAAGCAAUAUACGUGGGUGGAGGAUUAUACCCGACUCUAGCGUUCUUCAACCACUCUUGUGAUCCGUGCAUAGUUAGGUACAACAUAGGGUCAAAGAUGAUCGCAAAAACUGUCAAACCAAUUAGAAAAGGGGAAGUGAUUUACGAAAAUUACGGACCGAUUUAUACAAAUUCGCCCAAGGCUGAAAGGCAGCAGUUUCUGUUGGAAAAUUACUGGUUCACUUGCCAUUGUAAAGCGUGCGAACAGGACUGGCCACUGUUUAAAGAAAUGGAAGAUAAUGUUAUUAAAAUUCCCUGCAAAAAUACUAAAUGUGCUAACUUUUUCUUCCUGAACGAUAAUGUUGAUAAUCCCUCCAUCAGAUGUACAUCCUGCAAUAGUUUGAUCAACCUUUUUCCACAUCUUAAAGCGCUGGCCGAUUUGGAAAAUAUUUUAUUUGAAGCUGAAGGGCGCUACAAGGAAAAUAAUUACACGGAGGCUAUGGACCUAUACUUAAAAGCGAUGAAAAUUUAUUUUAAGAACACCGUACCACCAUUUCCAGAUUGGGUCAAAGUGCAGCAACGUUUAAGAACGUGUUUUGUGAGUUUUGGAAAUAGGUGUGCUAAUUAUGAUAAGAUUAAAAAAAUUGAUGAAUGAA